GCGGGAGCCAUAGCUGAUGCCACCCAGCACCUGCUGUCCACAGGCCCCAGAGGUUCAAGAACAGUGAGGAGAUGGCGGCAGGUGUGAUACGGCCUCUCUGUGACUUCCGGCUGCCCCUACCAACCCACCAACCCUUCUUGUCCUCAGACCCAGAACCUCCAGAAACUUCUGAGGAGGAAGAGGAGGAGGAAGACGAAGAAGAGGAGGAUGGGGAUGAGGAACUGGAGGACAAAAGGCCACAGGGCCGCAGCCCAGUCCCCCAGAGUCCCAGCAGCCCUGAGACUCCACUCCAGCUGCUACGUUUCUCGGAGCUCAUCAGUGGUGACAUCCAGCGGUACUUUGGCAGCAAGGACAAGGGACAGGACCCAGAUGCUUGCGAUAUCUAUGGUGACAGCCGCCAGGCCAGCCAUUCUGCCCGGGAGCUGUACUAUGCUGACCUGGUAUGCCUGGCCCAGGCUGGGCCACUGGAGGAUGAGGAGGCCACAGAGCCUGGGGUCCACUCGCCUGAGGGGCAGGUGUGGAGGCCGGGCCUUGGUGGGGAUGGGGCACCACCACUGGGGCCCCUAGCCGAGCUCUUUGACUACGGGCUACGGCAGUUCUCAGAGCCCAGCACGUCAGCUGGCCACAGACUGAGGCUAGAGCGGAAGUACAGUCACAUCAUCCCUAUGACCCAGAGGAAGCUACCUCCAUCUUUCUGGAAGGAGCCAGCACCCAGCCCUCUGGGCCUGCUCCAUCCUGGCACACCAGACUUCAGUGAUCUGCUGGCCAGUUGGUCAGCUGAGACUGACCCUGAACUGCAAGGUGUGGGUGCCCAGGCCCUGGAGGGAGCACAGCUAGCCGAGGCAUAGGAACUGGGCAGUAUCAGAAUGUACUGGGGCAAUGGGGCUGCCCUUCCCAGGAUCCUAGACUUUUCUUCCCACUGCCCAGGCCCCUCCAUCCCAGCUCCCCCCAAUCAGGUGAGGCCUCUUCAGGACCAAGAAAAGGGUCUGGAUUUGUCUUGUGCCCCAGAACUGCUAUCACCAGGAGCCACCAGGGCUGGGAGGGAGAAGGAGUGAUGGGGCAUCAAGACCCAGCCAUACCUGGCCCUUGGCCCUCAGAACCUCCCACUAUACACGGGCCCCUCUGCCCACAGGAGGAUAAACUUGGGCAGGAACUGUGGCUCCCAGAGGCUAUGACUUGGAGCUAUAGGCUGAACCCAGCUUUCCCUGAGUGGCAGGAAGGGGGCACCGCUGAUGGAAUGAGUAAACAUGGCUGUUUACUCCCCAGAUUAGUGGUGAGAAGCUGCUUCCUCUGCUGGCACUGCAUGUGAUGGAAGGCUGGGCCAGGACAGAGAUGACCUGAGGCGGGCCUGGCUGAAGCCUGCAGCUUCCCCGGGUCCUCACUGGCGGCUGGGGUGGUUCUGACAAGUAUGGGCCUAAGCCCCUUCUGGGAAGUGGGGCUCCCAUACCGUGGAAAGCAACAACCUGGUGCUGGGCUGGGUGGGACAGGAAGGGUCCUGGGAGGGAGGUCCAGGGACU